AUGAAAAGUUUCAUAUUUAUUCUAUUAGAAAUUAUUUUAUGUGUACCUUGUCAUUCAGUAAUCAGGAUAGAAAGCCGAGUUGAAUACAGCAGCUAUGGUGAUCCUAAACUAAAUAUCUCUGAUUAUGACGAGGAAGAUGAUCGAUUCGCUGAAGAAUUCGGUAAUUUUGAAAUUACUAAGCCAUAUAAUCCUAUGAAGAAUAACAUGAUAUCCAGUGCAGUGAAUGGGACCAAUGCGAGGAACAACUCGAGGGAUUCCCGUUACAGUGGUUUCUCAGAUUUUUUGAAGAGUAUUGAAAAACGUGCUCAAGAGGAUGAUUAUGAUAAUAAUAGAGGAGAUGAAAAAUGGUCUAGUUCUGAGGAGUCAAUGGACAGGAAGAGUGAUAAAGAUGCUGAUGACGAUUUCUUUAAAAGUGGACCAUUUGAUUCAGAUGAUGACCAGAGUGAUGAUGACUUAGACUUUUCUGAUUCAAAAGCUGGAGGUCAUACGAGCGAUAAGGAAAGUAAUAUGAACUCUGGUGAAAAGACUUCCAAAAGCUCAGUGAUAACAAGUGUACAGCUUCAUGAAACCCCUAAUAUGUAUAAUAAUAAAAGAUAUGACAAGAAACAAAAAUCUACGGCUGUCAAACGAAACAAAUGGAAUGCAGAACAGAGAAGGAAUAGGCAUAGAAAGAAAAGAAGACAUCGUGAUGAAUUUUUUUCAUCUGAAUUUUUCUCAUCAUAUUGA